UCGUGGGAACCGCCUUGUUGCUGCUCCAAAUCGGCACAUAUCUACUACUACUACUCUUACUAUUUUCACGGCAGCUUUGUGUAAUCGCAUAUUCUUUGUGCUGAACAUGCAUCCUCAUUUAUACUAUUCUUGGAUGUAGAGAAGGUCCAACUUUCUCAGAUAGCUCGCCUUACUUUUUUCCUGCCCAUUGACCCCGAUUGUCUCCUUCGCUUUCUUUAUAUCGGUUGACGGCCUGGUUGAAGCCUGUCUUAAUACUGCCGAAGCCACUCCCAGAGUAGCUUGCCCCCUUUCGUUUCUCCUUUCUGCAUCGUGCUCUCAUGAUAUUCCUCGCCUCUGCUGCAAUGGACACAGAGAGCACACACGCCCAAGAUAACGACUAUACCCAGUCGCCUUGGCUGGAUUUGGGCGGUUUCAGCCCUUCGCAACAGUCACCACCGCUUGAUUACCAUGGGUUUGGGUACGGCAUGCUGCCUUUGGAGUCGGCGUACGGGGUAUCUGUACCACCCCCGUAUGCAUCACUCCCAUUAACUAUGCCCUCGAAUACGUGGCCCAGUAUGAUGUCGACUCACCCUCAGCUCCCUUUUCCAGAGGGAAGCGUGCCGCCUGUACCCAUACCAGCAGCGGUAUCGCCAGUCACACAUAAUCCACCACCGCCGCCGCCUCCACCGCCACCGCCUCGCAAGUCAUCAACGAGUAACUCGACACCACGGAGGACGCUUACGGAUGAUGAUCGUCGGCGUAUGUGCCUGUAUCAUGAAGAGAACAAAACCGCCAAGCAAACAGACAUUGGAGGUCAGUUUUCACGCUAAUCUCUUCUCUUCAUGUAGAUCAUGACUGACAUAACAUGCACAGCGAUAUUCGGAGUGGAACGAAGGUAAUAAAUCCACGCAAUCCCCUCUGAUCCUGAUUUGAGUAAAUCCUGUUCUGACACGUUAUCCAUCUGUUAAAGUACGGUGUCGA